AUGCGUGGCCUGCAGGAAACACAUCAAGUCUGUGUGUUUACCGACUGGCCACCCGUCAAAGCCAUAAAGUACAAUGACACGCUACCACCGGAGUUCAGGUACACGACAGACCGCGACGAAGUAUUGCAAGCACGACUGGCUGAAGUACACCGAGAACACUCCAAAGCGUUGGCCAUCGCCGCGUCUGCAGCCGAGGAUGCUCACCGAAAUACCGCGGCGCGCUUGAAUGCUGCUGAAGUGGAGCAAGAUGCGCGUCGAGCCGAAGCCGAGGGUGUUCACAUGACCGAUCAGAUUCGACGAUUAAUCGGAGACUAUGCUUCGACCUCCAGUUCUGACUUGGCCCCCGGCGAAUUGUUUACCUGGCUUGAAACUGUCCUGCUUCGAAUGUCGGGUGAAAUGGAAGAACUACGGCGGCAAAUUGGCGUGCUGACGGACGAGAAUGGGGGGUUGAUCACCAGUUUGGCUAGUGAGCGUGACGAGCUUCUGGCGACCCGAAACGAUCUAACUGAGCUCCGGCAGAACCACGAGACCCUCGAAACACAGCUUCGGGCAUCGCGAGCCGACUUUCGGAGUGCCCAAGCGUUGGUAACAGCUGAAGUACCCAAAUUUUGGAACUGGGUGGUGUCGAAUUUCAUGACCAGUGGACACGAAGGACUUACCGCUUUGGUCGAGGCGUGGCGGAAAGACGACCCGACUCCCUUCGUUGUGGGUUGUUGUAUGCCCUUCGUCAUUACGCCAAACCAACGUGCCCUCGGGGACCAUGCUCCAUUUUGCCUCCCGGACACGUGCUUUGGAGCUUCGUUUUACGCACUGAAUCAGUUAACUAUUGGGGAGUGCCUUCAAGCCCCCACUGCCCCUGCACCCCCGUCUUUGGUCUCUCAAGUAGCAUCCGCCCAGCAAUCUUCGUCGACGACCAGUCAAGUUGGACAACCGGCAGGACUCACGGCGAUGGAUCAGUUUUGGGCCGAUUGGGCGGAGUUUCUGUGGGCCCGUUGGUUCUUUGUCAAGCAUGAGUCUUCGGAGGCUGAGAUUGAGCGGGCUUGUUUCGGCUUAUCGGCUCUGUUCGGGGCCCUGUAUCGCCUCAUGAUCGCGGAACGCAGCGACGACUUGAAAUCCAUGGCGCGCCUAGGAGACCACGUGGCGAUCAAGUUUAUCAACGACGAGUCUGGGGCGUGGUGGCCAUGUGUCCCCAAGAAAUUGGUGUCCACGCAAUGGUCAGCCCCCGCGAUGUCAUCCCUGCGCCUGAUCCAUCGUCGGUCCGUUCGCGAGAAAAGCGUGGAUGCGUUUCAUUCUGCCGGUGGUUACACGAAGGCCGAUGUUGAACGUUUCCUGGGGGAAAUGUCGGCCAAGGGCGUGCUGGGCGCAGUCGUGCAAGUCCCACAGGUCAUGUCAACGUUUCCGCCAACACCAGUCCCAUCAGAAACGGACGAUUUUCAGCCAGUGUCCGGAGUCAGAGUGCUAAUGAUUGACGAUCCAGUGGUCAAGGAUAUGUCUCCUCUAUGCACUGCACUGCUAAACCAGUCGAGCCUAUGCCAGCAGACACAGUAA